AGCUGAACGUCCGCUUCAGAUCAUUGACAUCGACCUGUUCGAAAUGUCCUCAUUCUUCGGAUUAGGCAAGACUCGAACCUUCAAACCUCGUAAGGAUGUCCCCGAAGGAACAAAGCAGUAUCAACUCAGAAAAUACGCCGAGGCCACUCUGGGAUCCGGAAAUCUAAGGUUAGCAGUACAACUACCAGACGGCGAGGACACAAACGAAUGGCUAGCAGUUCACGCGGUCGAUUUCUUCAAUCAUCUCAAUAUGCUUUAUGGGACCGUAACAGAGUUCUGUACGAGGCAGGAGUGUCCGAUCAUGUCUGCAGGCCCCAGAUAUGAAUACCUCUGGGAAGAUGGUGUCAAGUACAAGCGACCAACAAAGUUACCAGCCCCUGAAUACGUCGAUGCACUCAUGAACUGGGUCCAAAACCUAUUAGAAGACGAAGCUGUAUUUCCGAAUAAAAUUGGUGUACCCUUCCCAAAGAAUUUCAGGGACACCGUACGGACGAUUGUUCGUCGGUUGUUCAGAGUAUAUGCGCACAUAUACAGCAGCCAUUUCGAUCAUAUAUGUGCGUUGGGUAUUGAAGCUCAUCUGAAUACGAGCUACAAGCAUUUCUUCCUGUUCAUACACGAGUUCGAUCUUGUGGACAAGAAAGAACUUGCACCUCUUGAUGAAUUGAACGAAGCCAUUCUGGCCGAAGAGAAAUCUCGUUGAUUCAGCUUCUCCCUAUACCAUUCGUGUCUUCUUGACGGGGAAUGCCAUUAUUCGUGU